AUGACGAACUUGACUGAUCAAGAAGUUGUCCAGCAGAUGAACCUGCUAAAUUGUGGAAGCACCCUGUCUACGUAUGAGCUCUGGUGCAGUCUCACCCAGACGCACAAUCAUCAAGCUCACGAGAACCUUCUGAGUGAGAUUGAAAGCUUCUACCAGAAUCCGUACAGCCAGGGAGGUAACAACAAUGCCGCGUUGAACGUGCUGCAAGAUUUGCCGAUCAAUCCACUGCUCGAGCCUGAGCUCGAGGCGAGCCCGAUAAUGCUCCAAGCAAACCAAACGAUAAAAAUGGAGCGAAAUUGCAACUCACCAAAUGAGACAGUCGACUCAGGCCUUUCGGACUGUGGAAGUCCUCGCUGCGCGAGAGGAAGUAGCGCCGGCACAGAAAGCUCACCCUCAGUAACAGAAGCGGAUCUAAACGAUCUUCCAGAGCGAGCGGAUCUCGCUGUGAAUCUCGGACUAACUCAGACUCAGGUGAAAAUUUGGUUCCAGAACCGCCGUUCGAAAAUGAAGAAAAUGAUGAAGCAGCGCCCCAACGGAAGUCUUGAAGAUGGUGAAGCGUUUGAUGAAACACGCGCGUCAAGUGCUCAGCCAAGUCAAUUGCCGAUUGGAAGCUGCUUUCCCGCUGGAGCACAGUCCUUUUUCCGCUCUAACUCGCAGCCAGCCUUCAACUAUCCUCGCGAGCAUUCGCAAGAUUUCGUAAACCGGCUCCAAAUGGGUAAUGCAAAUUGGCAGCGCCUCUCGCAGAAUCAUUCAAAUUGGUGA